GAUAUUGAUGACAGAUAUGGAGAUCUGGAUUCCAGAACAGAUUCUGAUAUCCCAGAAAUCCCACCAUCCUCAGAUAGAACCCCUGAGAUUCUCAAGAAAGCUCUGUCUGGCUUGUCUUCAAGGUGGAAAAACUGGUGGAUUCGUGGAAUCCUUACUCUAACUAUGAUUUCACUGUUUUUUCUGAUCAUCUCUAUGGGAUCCUUCAUGCUGAUGCUGCUUGUUCUGGGCAUCCAAGUGAAAUGCUUCCAUGAGAUUAUCACUAUAGGUUACAGAGUCUAUCAUUCUUAUGACCUACCAUGGUUUAGAACACUAAGUUGGUACUUUCUGCUGUGUGUAAACUACUUUUUCUAUGGAGAGACAGUAGCUGAUUAUUUUGCUACAUUUGUUCAAAGAGAAGAACAACUUCAGUUUCUUAUUCGCUACCACAGAUUUAUCUCAUUCGCCCUCUAUCUGGCAGGUUUCUGCAUGUUUGUACUGAGCUUGGUGAAGAAACAUUAUCGUCUGCAGUUUUAUAUGUUCGCAUGGACUCAUGUCACUUUACUGAUAACCGUUACUCAGUCACACCUUGUCAUCCAAAAUCUGUUUGAAGGCAUGAUAUGGUUCCUUGUUCCAAUAUCAAGCGUUAUCUGCAAUGAUAUCACUGCUUACCUUUUUGGAUUUUUUUUUGGAAGAACUCCAUUAAUUAAGUUGUCUCCUAAAAAGACUUGGGAAGGAUUCAUUGGCGGUUUCUUUUCUACAGUCGUGUUUGGAUUCACUGCUGCUUAUGUGUUAUCCAAAUACCAGUACUUUGUCUGCCCGGUGGAAUACCGAAGUGAUGUCAACUCCUUUGUUACUGAAUGUGAGCCUUCAGAACUUUUCCAGCUUCAGAGUUAUUCACUUCCACCCUUUCUAAAGGCAGUGUUGAGACAGGAAACAGUGAGCUUGUAUCCUUUCCAGAUUCAUAGUAUUGCUCUGUCAACAUUUGCAUCUUUAAUUGGCCCAUUUGGAGGAUUCUUUGCCAGUGGAUUCAAAAGAGCUUUCAAAAUCAAGGAUUUUGCAAACACCAUUCCUGGACAUGGUGGAAUAAUGGACAGAUUUGAUUGUCAGUAUUUGAUGGCAACUUUUGUGCAUGUGUAUAUCACAAGUUUUAUAAGGGGCCCAAAUCCCAGCAAAGUGCUCCAGCAGUUGUUGGUGCUUCAACCAGAGCAGCAAUUAAAUAUAUAUAAAACUCUGAAGACUCAUCUCACUGAGAAAGGAAUCCUGCAACCCACAUUGAAAGUAUAACUGGAUCCAGAGGGGGAAGGACUGACGAGAAGAAAUUCUGCAGAAAAGCACUGACAGAUAAAACUUUGUAAUUGUACAGAAAACGGUUGAAAAUGCAAUAGAUUGACAUUUUACGACAUGAAUGUUUCUCUCUGAAAUUACUGUGAAUAUUUAACCAACACUUACUUGAUCUAAGUUAUGAAAUAAGUAGCAAAUCGCCAGCAAAAUACCCUGUUGUUUUUCUAAAGUGUAUUUUCUGAUGUGAACUUCCUUCCUCUUACUUGCUAUGUUUCAUAAUUUAAAAGACUUAUAUUUGAAAGAACCAAACACUAUAAAAUAGUACAUUGAGGAUGUCUUGAGAUCACACCUGGCAGUGUGCCCUUUUGCACAAAUUAUUUACUCUUGCACUUAAAUUAAGAGUUGCUCUUAAUUUUAGCAAAAUGUCUUAUUGGAAGGCACAACAGGAAGUCAGUUCUCCUGGGCUUCCUCCUCAUGUAGUCUGAAGUAUUUUAUAAAAGACUUAGUUGGAUCAAAGGAAAAAAAGGAUUGUUGACUUUGCAAAGAAGUAAUCAUUUGCAAGGGAGAAUAGUCUGCUCUUGGGUAGGUACAAAAUUAAGCAGAGGGACACUAAAAUCUCAGCCAUGACUGGUUUGUUAGUAGGAGCUGCUGUCAAACUCUACUUCUGAUCAAAUUGUUUGGGAAAAAACGACCUUGCAAAAGCUUUUCAAGAGAGUUCUGCUGUGAAGAGCACAAUGUACAGAUCCCCCGCAGAUGAUCUCAACAGAGGGCAGCAGCUCAGGGGACAGCCACAGAACAAGGCGUGAGGCAUAGGCCACCUGCUGGCCACGUGCUCUCCUGUUGCUUGGUUCCCUGUGAACUGGCUCCCCUAAGUCCUGACCACGAGCACAUAGCAAGGUCGGCGUAGGGUGGCAAGGCACGGUGGCAACUGGGGCAGGGCAGGAGAUGCUCAACUGAGAAGAAGUGACUCGCUCCCCGUCCCGGCUGCUCCUCCAGGUGUCCAGUGCAUCCUGCUGGCGCCUCACCGAGCAAGGAGGAAGAUCUGCCUGGAGACUCCGUCCCCGGCUAGCUUCCUGGAGUGGCUAACCUUUGUCUGUUGCUCUCUCGAAUCAUGUUAUAAAAUCUGAUGACAUCAACUGGUCAUUUUUUCUUCCAAGAAUAAAAAUCAAGCAGAUGUGAUUCCUACCAAGAACAAAAAGCACACAAAUGCCAAACCUUCUCUUUGGUAGACUGGACACUGGAACCAGAGAGUCCAUUUCUUAUCAGUUGACAUAAAUGAGUGAGUGUUGCUGUGUGUUCUGGACACCUGCAUUUAUUAUAUUAAACAGCCAACACUAAAGUUUCAACAGUUGCCCGGUGCUUCUGGUUAGAUGUUCAGAGGGGAAAAAUAGCUAUAUUUUGAAGAAUGUUUUGCUAAUGAAGAGAGUAAAUAUUUUUGUUUAAAUCAACAAAUUUUAAUUAUUUUAUUUUUCCGUCCAACAACUAGACUUAAACAACAGAUCACAGACCUGCCUGGGCUCCACAAAUGCCAUCCCCCAGCCAGCAACUUCAUCACGUGUCACAUGAUUAGAGUGGGCUCCGGCACACUCAGGGCCAGAAGUCCCACUUCUUGGUCUGACAGGCAUUUUGUUCAUGAGUCAUCACUGGAUGUGUUCCAUUGGCCUAUUUUACACUAUUCCAUAAAAAUCUAGAUCUGGUAUUCGAAAUGUUAUUACAGGAGGGCAUGAUCACUUUAAAAAUCAGGCCACCUACAAGUUAAUUUUCAACAUCUCGUGUUUUAAUUUUCCCAUUAACAGUUUCAACUGUUGGUCAUAAAAGAAUUUAGGAUGCCAAAGUUUAAAAAGUAAAAUGAGAAUUUUGUGCUAGGAACUUAACUUUAAAAAGUUGGUAGUCUGUGUAAGCAAGAACUCCUUAGAAAUACACAGAAGACUGCUAUAUUUUUACUUAAAGUAAUUGGUGAGGCAUUGAGAUACAGAAUUAUAAGAGCAUUGCUGAAUACAGAUAUUAUCAGUAAUUAUUAUAAACAAAAUAUGAAGCUAGAAAUAGUUGGAGUCCCAAUAAUAACUUUUCUCAAAUAUACUUUUAGAGUUGGGUGUACAUCAUCCUAUAUGUACAAAAGUAAAUUCUUAAUUUUAACGGAACUCUAAUGAUUGACCUUUUUAGCAUACUUUUAUAGCAUGUACAUUAAAAUAGAAUAUAUUUUAGCAAAAGAUUGCCACAAAAACCUGACUUUAAUCAUUUUUAUAUUUGCACUGUGAAUAGGGCUUAAAUUUCAGUGUAUUGAUGUGAUGGUGGAAAAUUGACAAACUAGGAAUUUCUUUCACAGUAAUGACUCAUUGUUCCAAAUUUGCUACUUUGGGAGAUACUCCUGUGGUAUUCCUUGCUUGAUUUUCUAACCUGUGGGAUGCAAAUGGUUCUUCAGUGCUUUUCCCCUUGUGGUGGUGCAUAUACAUUUACUAUCUGAGAGUAAAUGGCCACACACACCCCUCUUUUUUCAUUUGUAGAAUCCUCUUAUUUGCACUUUGGUUUGAACAAAGAUAGUAUCACCUUGUUCAAUGAAAAGAAGCAGAAACUGUACAAAGGGUGUCCAUGGGUGAUAGCUUAUGAUAUGUGUCAAUCAGUUCUCUGAAUCUUAUUUACUGAAGCUGAGGUAGGAAAAUAAAAGUGAAAUAAACUACAUUUUUGACUUUG